AUGUACUUUGUCAUUCCGGGGAGCGAGGGAACGGUAAUCUCACAAAGGACCAAUCUCCCCUGGUCUGGAGAUGUUGAGCUCAAGAUCUCAGGACCAAAAGCAGUGAAACUUGCACUCCGAAUCCCGGAUUGGGCAGCAUCAAACUAUACAUGCCGCUCGUCGUUAUCAGGCGGCGAGCUUCACGAUGGAUAUCUCCAUCUCCCCGCCGUGGCCAACGCAACCAUCAACUUGACUUUCCCCUUACAGCCGCGCAAGGUUUACGCACACCCCAAGACAGGCAAAGAUGAGAUAUGUAUCAUGCGCGGACCAUUGGUGUACUGCGUCGAGGACGUUGGCAAUCCGGGAGUUGAUAUUGACCAUAUCGCCUUGAUUGAUGGCCCUGUAGCCGAUGCUCCAGCCGCAACAAUCGCUGACGUAGAAGACGUAGUAACCAUCAGCUCGCCCGGGAAGGAAUUAGUUAAUACCAACUGGCCAUCGUUAUACAGUUCUGAAGGGUGGAGAUAUGGAGAGUUGACUAAAGAAUUGACCUUUGUGCCGUUCUUCCUGAGAAUGAAUAGGGGCGGCAAUGGUGGGAUGAGAGUGUGGGUGAAGGGGAUAUUGUCCUAA